ACAUGACCACCACAAUGACUACAGCAGGGCAGCAAGCCUACAAAUACAAAUACCGCGAAAUUAAGAGAGAGAAAGCAGUUGGUGAGAGAAAGCUCAUCAUCAUCAAUGGCGGUGGUAGUCAUGAAAACCGCGUUCCACUUGCUUUCCUCUUCAAAUUCUCUUCUUCUUCUUCUUCUUCUUCUUCUUCAAAGCUCAGAAGCUUCUCUCUCUUUAAAAUAUACAGAUCUCCAACACCACACAUCUCAAAACACUAAUUUUGUUUCCAAAAACCACAGAAAACAAAAAUACAAGACCCAUAGUCUUGCUCUCCUUCACAUUCAACGAUUCAAAAUGUCUUCGCAUGGACGGUGACAAGUCAAUUUCCUCAUUUUCAAAGGUUUCGAGAUGAGUGAAGUUAGGGUUUGGAUUAGGGUUUUGUUUGGCGGCGGUGGUUGAUAUGGGCUGUGGAGGGUCGAAAGUGGACGAAUUUCCAUUGGUGAUCCGUUGUAGAGAGAGAAAAGAGUUGAUCAGAGCAGCCGCGAACCACCGCUACGCUCUCGCCGCCGCCCACGUAGACUGCCAGUUGCAAAAGUCAGAAGAUUUGCUUACAUUCGUCGAUGAAGAGCUCGUAAUUGCUUCGCCCUCGGAUUCCCCUGUAUUGACAUUACCCUCGGGUAAAGGGAAGAGCAAGAAGAACAAAAACAAGAGUGGUAAUCAUAAAAAUUCAUCGUCUUCAACCUCGCUUUCGCAUUCUGGUUCGGGUUCACAUAUUCACCUUUCAGAUGAUGAUGAUGAUGAUGAUGAUUUUGAUCAGGAUCGCGAUGGGGGCGAUUCGCACUUGCAUUUGUCUUCAGGUUCUGAUUCAGAAUUGGGUUCUGAUUCUGGUCAUAUUCAUAUACAUGAUAGUCCAGGUGUUGAAGUUGAAGGACCUUCAUAUUCUUCACCAACGCCUCAAACAGGUUGGGGGCCAUACGGGGUGUACCCGCCACCUCAGACAGCGGAUUGGGGGCCGUAUGGAGGAUACCCACCUGAGCCACCCCCUCAAACAAGUUGGAGCUCAUAUGUAAUGAACUCACCCUCCAAACCAGCUUGGGAUCAAUAUGGAGUGAAUUCUACUUCAACUUCAUAUGCAUAUUAUAUGAAGAGAUCUUCACCCCAGGUUCAGUCUGUAAUUUAUGAUCCAACUAAGCCAGACACAUCAUAUUCAUAUUUGAACUCAUAUUCAUCUGACCCAUAUGAGAAUAGUGGAUUUUUUGGGUUCCCAAUGAGUUCGCCACCUGGUGGGCCUCAGAAUCAGCAACAGAAUACUCCAGCUGGUCCGCCUCCACCUCCUUCGCCACCAAAGGUGUCUGCUUGGAACUUUCUCAACCCUUUUGAUGGGUAUGAUAGUGGUUAUCCUGGCUAUUAUUCUUAUAGUAGACAUGGGGGUGGGUCAAUUGCUAGUAGUCCUGAUUCGAAUGAAGUGAGAGAGAGGGAAGGAAUCCCUGAUUUGGAAGACGAAACAGAGACUGAAGCCUAUAGAAAAUUUCAGGAGGGGGAGAAUUUGAAUAAAGAUAGAAAGAAAAAUUCAGGGGUGGGCACUUCCAGGGCAGUGCCAUCACAAAAACAGAGCAGUGAGGGAAGUUCAAAGACAGUGCAAUCACAUGGUAGUAGUGAGGGCACAACAAGAGGUAUCCCUCCACAACAUAAUGAGGGGACUUCAAGGAAAGUACCAUCUCCAAAUAGUAAGGCAACACAUUCAGUUGAUGUGAAAGAGGAAAAAGGCAGUCCCGAUAGUAUCAUAUCAAUAAUCACCGAAGAUGGGUCUGUGAAAAGCACCGAAGAUGGGUCUGAAAGGAAGAAGGGGGUGACUUUUGAGGUAGAUGCCGCGUCAAUGCACAAAAUUGAAUCUCCCAAGUUAAGGGCCAAAAUUUCUGCUCAUGGCACGCGAGAUCUUCAGGAAGCUGUUACUGAAAUCAGGGAUGACUUUGCAACAGCUUCUAGUUUUGGCAAGGAGGUUGCUAUGUUGCUUGAGGCGGGCAAGGUGCCUUAUCAGCCUCGGUUUAGUUUACAUAAAGUGAUCUUAUCCAGGAUUGCAUAUAUGGUAGCACCUUCCUUGUCAUCUUCACACCCUCCAGCCAGGCAAUCAGUAAGAUAUACAUUUAGGACAAUGAAACUGGCAAAAUCUUAUUAUGAGGAUUUGGGGAAGAACACUAAUAUGAAGCCUUGUAACCUUUCAUCUACUCUGGAGAAGCUGUAUGUGUGGGAGAAGAAACUAUACAAGGAAGUUAAGGAUGAAGAAAGACUUCGGGUUAUCUAUGAAAAGCAGUGCAAGAUGCUGAAAGUUUUGGAUGACCGGGGAGCUGAGUCUAGUAAGAUUGAUGCUACUCGGGCUUCAGUAAGGAAGUUGCUGACAAAACUUAAUGUUUGCAUUAAAGCUGUUGAGACUAUAUCAAGCAGAAUACAAAAGUUAAGGGAUGAGGAGUUGCAGCCACAAGUCACUGAAUUAAUUUAUGGAUUGAGAAGAAUGUGGAAGACCAUGCUGAAGUGCCACCAGAAGCAGUUCCAAGCUAUCAUGGAGAGUAAAACUAGCUUGAGAGCAAAUACUCGUUCUCGAAGAGAUUCAAACUUGAGGGCCACCAUUGAACUUGAAAUGGAGCUUCGUGCGUGGUUCAAUCGUUUUAGUGAAUGGAUUAAGACUCAGAAAUCCUUUAUUGAGUCCUUAAAUGGAUGGCUUUUAAGGUGCCUAGUUCAUGAACCUGAAGAAUCCCCCGAUGGGAUUGUUCCUUUUUCCCCCGGCCGGAUCGGAGCUCCUCCAAUUUUCGUAAUUUGUAAUGAUUGGUUUCAAGCAAUGGAAACUAUUUCAGAAAUAGGAGCACCUAAUGCAAUCCGUAACUUUGCUUCAAGUUUGCUACAGUUAUGGGAGAAACAAGAUGAGGAGCAAAAACAGAGGCUCAAAGCAGAGUACCUGUCGAAGGAUUUUGAAAAACGACUAAAAACGCUUCGCAUGGAAAGAGGAAGAAUGGAGCGAGGCCAAGAUGCGAUGUCAGAUAAAACUAGUGGUUCACUUGUUCCUUCAGAAAAUGGAGUUUCACCGCUAGAUGAUCUAAAGGUGGAUUUGGAUUCAAUGAGAAAGAGAUUGGAGGAAGAGAAGGCACGGCACAAGGAGGCUGCUAAAUUAGUUCAUAAUGCCGCUUCUAGUAGUUUACAAGGAGGUUUGAUUCCGAUUUUCGAGGAGUUGAGCAAUUUCACCUCGGAGGCGCUGAAAGCUUACGAGCAUGUUAGGAUUGAAAAUCAGAGCCAAAAAACAGGUGGGAAGUAAAUCUGAAAACAUGAACUUGUGUUUGUUUCAGUUUUAGUUUGAAACCAACAGGGCAGCCAUAAGAUCAGCUACCCUUUUUUGGGGUAAAUUUAGGAAAGCAGAUAAGAAUCAUACAGGUGAAUUUUAGGCAAUAUAGGAGCAACAAUAGGAAGAUGUAGAAGCUCAUGACAGUGGGGAAGGUGGAAGUAGAUGAGUUGUUUGUGUAGUAAAACAUCAGAGAGAGAGAGAGAGGUUAUGGAGAUUGCCCCUCGAGUGCACAAGAAGGGAGCUUGACUGUAAGACCCGAUUGUCGAGCGCGGAUGAAAGUCGGCGUGGACUACCCACCUCCAUCCAUGGAAUGGAUAUAGGUAGGAACUUGUACAGAAAUUCAUUUAUUUAUUGAUUGAAUAGCUCAUUUGGUGUCUGUUGAUAGAUUGGUUGUUCAUCUUGUGGGUGUAUAGACAGAUAUGUAGUGAAUUGUAACUCCAAAAUUUUGAUAAUGACAAAAAGAGGAAGUUGUUUCCUUGUUACCUUUCUUGUAAAGUUAUAUUUUAGAGUUAUAUAUUACUUAUGCACCAUUGAUGUCUA